AUGCUCGACGAGGGGUCGGCUGGUGUGAGAAAGGCGGCUGCAGACAUAUUAUCACAGAUGGAUGAUCUAAGUGAAUUAACUGAAAGUCAGAGAUCCAAACUAGGUAAGAGACAGCCUGUUUGCAGUGAAAAUACUUCAAAAUCUGCCGAUUCAACAAAGAAACAGUCAAUGUCUCCGUCAAGAAUCAGCGUAGAUCAAAAGCCUGUCAGCACUUUAAAGAAAUCAACUACGAUAGAGAAGCAUUCCUUUUCUUCAAAGCCUGCUGCAGAUUCAAAACAUACCAGUUUAGCAUCGGCGCCAGAUCAAACAUCUAAAGCAAAGGUCUGUGAUUUAUUUAGUGACAAAUACCCCCUACUUUUUGAUAAAGACUGGAAUAAAAGAUUGGCUUUCAUCCAGGAAAAUAAGGAAAAAUUAAGGGAGGAGGGAAUUUCCAACAUCAUUCUGUUUCUGAUUGGCUCCAAGGAGACCAACCUCACUGUAUUGAAAGAGAUGAUGGGCAUUCUUGUUUCUUUUGAUGAUCUGUCUGAGAUUAGCUCAGAUCUCUGCUACUAUCUGAACUCAAAGAUAACAGAAUCAAAGUUAAAAGAUAGCAUUGUUGAAUUAUUUAGAAAGAUUGAUGGCGUGGUUGCCAUCCAAAGCAUUCUACAGAAUAUAGAGCAGAACAAGGUUGGAAAGAAGUUUGUCUGUCUUCUGGAUGUUUUAUCGAGUAUUGUGACCAAGAAGAACGAACAUAUUGAUAGAUUUUUGGAAAAAACUAAGGUAUUUGGAAUGCAGGAGAAGAAAGCACUGUCUGAUUUCACAGCGCGGUAUAAGUCACUAGAAAAUGAUACUCCAUCGAGCCUUGUCUCUGUUAGCAAUACUACGGCUUCUUUAGUUGCCAAACCCCCGUUACUGCUCAGUAAUGCCAAUGAAAGUAAAAGGAACGACAUUUUUGGUAGCGCAAGGAAUGACCCAUGUGAAACCGGUAUUAAAAGAGGUAGUGUUUCUGAAUGCCAUACAUACGAAGACGAGUCUAAGAAAUCUUUAAAUAUCAAAAUUUUUAAGGAAAAUACGGAUUUUACAGGGCCACUGGCAAACAUUUUUACCUCAGAGUUUCUUGGUGUGUUCCAGAAGGAUCCAUUUAUUGCAGUUGGAAUGCUAGAGAAAAUUGACAUUUGCAGAUUUGCCAGCGCAAUUAUUCUUUUGUACUGCCAAUUCUCUCUGCCAUCCCCAUAUUUCAAUUCCCUAAUUCUGCAUUUGAUAAGUCGUAGAUUUAUACUCAACGACAACGACGCACAUAUAUUGGUUUCUUUUUUGCUUAAUCAUUCAAUGGACUCUGAGAUAGAUUUGAUGGACAGAAUCUAUCCAGCAACAAAGCUAUACAGAGCAUUGAGAACAUUUCCUGGAGAUUUGAGCUUGAAUGCUAUUUUUAACUUAGUUAGAAAGUACAAAGACGUGGACGGAUUGAAUCUGAGGGAUAUUGAGGCUGCUGUAAAGAACAAUGACGAUUUUAUUGCAUUUUCAUUUAAUAUUGACAGAAUUGUUAUCCUUAAAAAUGAAUUGAAGACCAAGAUUGAUCAGAGCACUGGUCAUGUGAACAUGCCAUGCCAAAGUAUGACUGCCCAUGUGGCCUCUAAUGGUGAAGUUUUGCCUGACAACAGCACAAUGUGCUCUUCAGCAAUGCUGUCAAAUGGCAGCAUGGACCGUCCAAAUAUAGACUCCAACCAGCAAAGGCUAAUUGAGGAAAAGCUGAAUUAUCAGAAUCUGAUGAAAGAUGAGGAUGACUUGGAUGAUUUGGAGGAAUCAAUUAUCAUAGAAAAGUCUUUGGUAGAAGAAAGCAGCCAUUAUUCUUUGGGCGAUGGCAUUGAUAGUCCUCAUUUGUCAGCAUCUGUUGUUAAGGCUCCUAGCGUCGCAGACAGGGACAGUUUAUUGGCCGAGGACUAUGGCAAGCCACGGACAUCUAAUUUGGACAAGAGCAAUCAAGGCAAUGACUUUAAUGUUCCAUCUUCUAAGAUCAUUGAAGCUGAUCUUUCAUAUGAAAUUGAACGAAGUUUGGAAAACAUUAGCAUUUCAACUACUCCAAUGAAGAAAAAACGAAAUUUGUCAGAAAUUGAGAAUGUUUUGAACAAGCUUUCAAGCGAAAACAGCAGCGCUUCAGUUGAAGGACUUCACAGACUUGCGGGUAUAAUUGUAGAUGCCCCUAGCACGAUUUCGUUCUCGUCUAACACUGUCAUUAGCUCCAUUUUGAUACAGAUAAUGACCAGAUACCAGGAUGUAGACUACAGGAAUAUUGCACUCAGUGUACUUCUUAAGUUCACCCAGAACACAACACUCUGCUCGUGUCUGAGGUUCGAGACUUUGAAAUCUGUUCAUGUUGAUCUUGUUCCAUUGGUCAAGGAUCAAAACGUGAUUGCCGACAUUUUAAUUAAUCUUUGUCUUAAUUGUGAAUUACAGGUGUUGAGGGUUUAUUUUGACUUGCUCGAAGACUCAAAUGAAAUACUAAUGAAGCUGAUUUGGAGACAUUCUAAAAAGGUGAAGUACACUUCUGUUGAGACUGCAGCUACAGUUAUUAAGAUUGUCGAUGUGUUUUUUGAGGAGAAAAGGAGUUUUCUGGGAAAUGCAGACAAUAUUGUCAUCAAAGUCUGUCUACUGCAUCUGAAGGAGUGUGUGGCUGCUUUUAGUGACAAUUUGAGGCAGUUUGGAAUUAGCAAGAUCACUGAGAGAAUCAUUAGCUUAUUACUGUCAGGAAAAGAUUUCAAUGUGGAUGAGGCUCGAAGUAUUUUUAAGGGAAAAAACUAA